GCGCCAAAACCUGUCACGUGGGGAGUGUUAUUACUGUUUGGUCGCCGCUUGUCUGUCAUCUUUCUCGGGGUCUGUUCGGCUCCAUCAUGCCCAAGCUGCUAGAGAGCUGCGAGCGCCACUUCGGCAGCUCUGACCUGUACACCGUCCUGGGGGUGAGGAAGACGGCGGGGGAAGCGGAGGUUCGCCGGGGAUAUCACAAAACCUCCCUAAAAGUGCAUCCCGACCGGGUCGCUGAGGAGGAUAAGGAAGAGGCCACCCUCAAGUUCCAGGUACUUGGAAAAGUGUAUUCUAUUCUCAGCGACAAGGAGCAAAGAGCUUUGUAUGAUGAGCAGGGGAUUGUGGAUGAAGAGUCCGACACCAUCUCCCAAGACCGGAACUGGGAAGAGUACUGGCGCCUGAUGUUUAGGAAGAUCACAGUAGAAGACAUAAAAGCAUAUGAAGAAAAGUAUAAAGGAUCAGAGGAAGAACGAGCUGAUAUAAUACAAGCAUAUUUGGACUUCGAAGGAGACAUGGAUAACAUCAUGGAUUCUGUUAUACUUGCUGAAAUUGAUGAUGAACCCAGGAUCAAGGAUAUUAUUCAGAAAGCUAUUAAAAAGAAAGAGGUUCCGGCUUAUGACAUCUUUGUGAAAGAAUCCAAGAAGAAACGUGACCAACGCAAGAAAAGGGCUCAUGAAGAAGCUGCAGAAGCUGAAGCAAUGAAAAAGGAAAUUGGGCUUGGUGAUGGAGAGGAUGACUUAAAAGCUUUGAUUCAAAAGAGACAGCAGGAUCGGGAAAAGGAAGUCGAUAGCUUCAUGGCAGAACUGGAAGCAAAGUACUGCAACAAUACAAAAAAGGGAGGGAAAAAGUCUGCAGCACCAAAGAGGGGAAAAAAGUGACCCGCUGAUUGAAGGAGUGAACAAAGACCGUUUCCAGUGUCCUGAUUUCAAUUAUAGCCGUUUGUAUUCUGGUGUCCUGCACACCGUCUAUGGUCAGCAAACCUGUACCAUAGAAUAGCUUAGCUGAUGUAGGUGAUACUCUUCCCAGUAAGCUGAAAUGUGGGUGAGACUACAGAAUUUAAUGGGAAGGGUACUUUCACAUAAGGCUAGUUUCACACCUCCGGUGUGCAACUGCGGCAUGGCUGUUCCAGCAGACAAGUGGAGAGUCGGCGGGACACAAACCGCAGCAUGCAGCAGUUUGUGUCCAUCCGGUUCUCUGCUGGAGGUGUAAAAGUAGCCUAAGCAGUUUUUGAAGGCAAAGCAAUGAGUGGAUAGUAAAAGGACAGUACAUAAGGUAGGUUCUGGUCUUUUCAAAUACACUCAUUUUGGCUUCAAAAACUGCAUCAGAAUUGCUUGUGUGAAGGCUACUCAGCACAUGUUUCUUAAACUGCACUUGUGCUUUUUUAUUUUACUGGUGUUCUAAUAUAGAUGUACAUGGUCUUUGUGGUGUCUGCAAAAAAAACCUUGGAUAUUUAAACAAUCAAAACUUAACUAAAAUCUAAGUAAAGGUGUCAGUUCAGGAGUAGGGAAUAAUCCCCUGGCAGAUGAUUCUGCUUAUCUCGUAUUGAGAACAAAAGAUUGGACAUGUUGAAAUCAAGCUAAUUCUGUUCCUUAACAUCUAACCAGUCAGUUUGUCUUGUUGAAAUUGGUUGACAUUCAUCUAAUGUUUAUUGCCACCUUUACGCAUAAUAAAUCCUUUUGCUUUACAGAAUUUUCCCUACCUUCAUUAACCCAGUGUGAGAUCUCAGAGUAGACACUUUAUCGGUCACCUGGUGUGACUGCUAUGGUCAGGCUAGUGUUGGAUGCAAUCUAUAAUUCCAGGGGUCCCAAAGUCUUCAUCAGUAUGGCUGCUUUCUGCACGUCUUUUCUUUACAGUUAUAUUAAACUGUGCCAUGAACUGCACACUAUUUAUUUUAAAUGGUGAGCUUUAAGUGGUCUUUUUAGGCAGAGGAAUCAAGGUAGUAGAAGGGAAACUUCCACACGUGACCCAAAAGGCAGUGCUUACAUGGACCAAGGUCAUUGAUCUUUUUAUUAUGUGAAAAACAAGUGGUCCCUUCUGAUUUUUCUAUGGUUCCCUGUAUCCCUCCUCCUCUAAAUUGUUUGCAAUGUAACAUUUUGCUUAAAGUUACUUCUGGUUUGUACAGGCUUUUCAAUAAAAUAAUGAAACU